AUGGUAGAGGCUGUAAAUCAAGAGCUGGACAAAAUGCUGGAAGAUGGAAUCAUAGAGGAAGUGCACAAAGGAUCUGAAUGGGUGUCAAACAUUCUUAUCAUUCCAAAAAAAGACACUAAAGAAGUGAGACUUUGUGUAGAUCUGAGAGAAGUGAAUAAAGCGGUGGUAAGAGAAAGACACCCUGUACCAACAAUAGACAGCAUACUGCAAGCAAUGCAGGGAGCAAAGGUGUUCGCCAAACUGGAUGCCCGUAAAGGCUUCUGGCAACUUGAUCUGGCACUUGAAUCCAGACAAAUGACCACAUUCAUUACACACAGGGGAUGCUACCGUUUUAGGAAGGUUCCAUUCGGAUUGGCUAGUGCUCCGGAAGCAUACCAGAAAGCCAUGGACUCUAUGUUAUGUGGGAUGCCAGGUGUGGUGUGCUACAUGGAUGACGUGGUCGUGUUUGCUGAAAAUGAGAAUGAGCUGGAGCAAAGACUGAGAAAUGUUUUUCAAAAAUUCCAAGAAAAGGGACUGACCUUGAAUAAAGAAAAAUGUUUCUUUGGACUUAAACAGAUUGAGAUUUUGGGUCAUGUUGUCACAACGGAGGGAAUAAAACCAGAUCCACGAAAGGUUGAAGCAGUUUGUAACGCUCCCAGACCUGAAAAUGUUGCACAGUUACGUUCAUUCCUAGGCACUUGUGGAUUUUUGAUGAAGUUUGUUCCCAAUUACGCAAAUCUGUCUGAACCUCUUCGAAAACUGACCAGACAAGGACAAAAGUGGCAGUGGUCAUCUGAAGCAGAAAAUGCUUUUAAGCGACUGAAAAAAGAAUUAACUAGUGAGCCAGGCCUAGCAUACUUCAACAUAAACGCUCCAACAGUUGUGAUCAGUGAUGCAAGUCCAGUCGGACUUGGAGCAGUUUUGCUUCAGACACAAGAAAAUGGAGCUAAGAAACCUGUAGCAUAUGCGAGCCGCUCUCUAACACCCACAGAAAGACGUUACUCUCAGAUAGAGCGGGAAGCCCUAUGGUGCGUUUGGGCGGUGGAACACUUCAGAGCGUAUUUGUGGGGAGGCAGAUUUACUCUUCAAACAGAUCAUCGACCUCUCAUUUAUAUGCUCAAUCCAGAGAAGUCAAAGCUUUUGCCUCCUAGAAUACAAAGACUUGGACUUAGACUGUAUCCAUAUGACUACAAGAUUGAACACAUUGCAGGUAAAGACAAUGUUGCAGACUCACUUUCUAGACUUCCUUUGCCGGAAACAGAGGACAACAGUUACGUGGACACGUAUAUGGACAGAGUGUUGUCUGUAAAUAUGAUGGAUGUACCAGCCUUGACUCUUGAGGAACUUAAAAGAGCCACAAUGAACGAUACUACCUUGACACAACUGAUUUCCAUUGUGGGGACAGGACAAUGGCCAACUACAAUUCCUGACAGCCUACAUUCAUACAAACGCUGCUCAGACGAGUUGUCAACCCAUGAUGGUCUUUUGCUGCGGGGACACAGGAUAGUUCUUCCUUCCGCACUGGUCCAGCAAGCUUUGAAAAUUGCACACGAGACACAUCAAGGUGUAAUUCGCACAAAGCAAUUCUUGAGAAGCAAAUUCUAUUGGCCUAAUAUGGACAUGGAAGUCGAAAGAAUGAUCAAAAACUGUAAUGCAUGUGUUCCCAAUCAACCCUUGCAUGAAGAUCAACCACUGCAUCCAUUAGAACUGCCACCUAGACCGUGGACUAAGAUAGGUGUUGAUUUGGUGGGUCCUAUUCAGAAUGUCUAUAUACUUACUGUUAUUGACUAUUACACGUCAUACCCUGAAGCAGUAGUCAUUGAUGAUAUAACUUCCAAGACCGUUACAAAGGAAAUGAUGAAAAUAUUUGCCCGAUUUGGGUAUCCCUUGGAAGUAGUGACUGACAACGGGAAGCAGUUUGUAGGAAACGUCUUCGAGGCAUUUCUGAGAACUAGUGGAGUUAAGCACAUCAAAGCCUCACCUUACUAUCCCAAAAGUAACGGUAAAAUAGAAAGAUUUCAUCGUUACUUGAAGAAAGCCUUCAAAGCAUCUAAAAGUGGGGGAAGGAAUUGGAGUGAAGAUCUUUCAAAGAUUCUUCUUGCCUAUCGAUCUACACCACAUAGAGCAUCGGGUGAGACACCAGCUUAUCUGAUGUUUGGACGAGAUGUACGUACGAAGUUGCCUAGUAUCAUCACAGACAAAACAGAAACAAAAGACAUUGAAAGUCAUCAUAAAAGGUACAAUGAGAAAAUGAAACAGUACGCAGACAUGACAAGACGAGCUAAGGAACACAACUUUAAGUUGGGAGACAUUGUAUAUGUGGCGAGUAUGGAAGAUGGCAAGCUGGCCUCUAAGUACAGAGAUACUCAUUUUGUGCUGCUGAAGAACACAUCGGACAAUUCCUUUGAAAUGGUCAAUGUCGAGGAUGGUUCUAGGAUUGUGAGAAAUGUGAAGCACAUUCGUCAUGUUCCCAUUCAGUUGGAGAUAAGCAUACCAGAACCAGCAGAAAAACAAAGUGACCAAGGAACUCAAGAGACAGCUGAACAAGUCAGAUUUCCCAAUAGAGCCACAGAGUUCUUCUGUUACAGUACCAGACUCCUGUAG